CAUAAACAUGAAUUAUAAACUAUGAUGCUUACAUAAUCAUACGAUAUCAUGAUUACGUACAAUUUAUGCUUCUCACGACCAUAAAAAAAAUAUUUAUAAAUAAAUAAAGGCAUGUCUUUGCUUAUAAAUAGGCAAAACCAAAUGCAGAUUUGUAUACCACAAUACAAAAUUUGCUUAACUAGUAAAUAGAGAGUAUAAAUUAUAAUAUAAUUAAUUAAAUAGUUAUCGCCAUGGCCGAAGAGAUUAAGCAGCGUUUUUUCAACCACAAGAAAGAAGAAGAAAAAGACGUCAAAGUCGAAGUCGACGUCGAUGUCAAUGUCGAAGUCGAAGUCGAAGUCGAAGCAGAAGAAGAAGUGCAUGAUUAUGAUAAAGAACGAAAGCAUCACAAGCAUCUACAGCAAUUGACCGGCCUAGGCGCCAUGGCUGCCGGUGCCUAUGCCUUGCAUGAGAAACACAAGGCGAAAAAGGACCCGGAGAAUGCACACAAACACAAAGUGAAGGAACAUAUAGCGGCGGUUGUGGCGGUUGGAGUUGGUGGGAUUGCGUUUCACGAGGGUCACGAGAAGAAGGAUGCUAAGAAGAAAUCUAAAGAAUGUACUUCUUAAUUAACUACUUUAAUUUAUCCCUAAUUAUAUUGCGUUUUAUAUUUUUAUUGCAUUGCAUAUGCAUCUUGAUAAAUUGUGUUGUUUCCUUUUUUCAUGUCUUAUGUUAUGUGAUUGUAAGGCUAAAGUUGCCUAUGUGUUAUGUGUGACCUUUAAAUAAU